AUGUCGAAGCCCCUCAGUGAGAAAAAGACUGCCCUAAGGCAAUCCGAUAUCCGCCGCGCUCUUCGUCUCCAUGGGUUCAACCAAUCGGUCAAGGAGGACCAUACCGGCCUAGGCGUUCUGCACAGGGCCCGCAGCAGCAGCCCGUUCAGCUCUCUCAGCAGCUCUCCGCUCCGCUCUGGCCUUAGCCUGUGCCACCCUCCUCACAAUCCCCGGGAUCUUCUCCGUGAUACGGAAAGUCUUCCCCACGCGCGCGCGGACCAUAUUCACCCGCUCCGACAGCACAGCGGCGCCCUGCAUGCGCGCCAGCGCCAUCAUCCAGGAUUGGUAGACGCGGAUCUCCUCGAGGUCCGGGUCGAAGCUGAACUUGGCCAAGAGGCACUGCCUGAAGGCGUCCCAGCUCAUCUGGGCGUGAUCCAGCGUGCCGUCGGCGCUACGGGACUCGCGGGCGAUGGUGACUUUGUCGUUGUGCAGAGCGUGGGGCGCGAGCACAGCAGCCUGGACGUGCGGGUGCAGCUUCUGCUCCAGCUGGUCGACCGUGUACACGUGGUUCCUGAUUUGGUCGUGCAGCUUGCUGUUCACGAUCUGCUGGGCUGUGAUCUUGUUGCGCAGCUUGUCGAUCUCGGCCUGCAGCUGGCUCUGGCGCGCCUGGCCGGUGCGGACCAGGCGCACGAGAUUGGCCAUGUCCGGUAUGGUGUUGUGGCGGUUGUAUGCGUGCAUCUGCUCGACGGCGAUCUCGACGAGACGGUUCAGUGCUGA